AUUUGUAUGUUCAUGUCAAAAUGUCUGAUGUAACCAUGUUUGAUGUGAAUUAAGAUUUUAUUAUUUAUUAUUAUAAUAAGUCAUUUAUAAUAAAAAUUGUCCUCACGAACUGGUGGUAGGUAAUCACAAUCACCACUCACCAUAGCCUUGUCAUCUGAUUUGAUCAGUUUUACAACUGCUUUUGCUAACUGCAGGCUGCUAGACGACGACACAUUAUUGAAUUACUUUGGUUCAUGCCACAGAAUACGAAAAUUAUGCCCUAUUAAAGUGAGUUAACUUUUUGGCGGGAAUUCAAAUAACUCAACAUGGCAGACGACGUGGUCUUCGGCACGAACGAGAGAUGGCGCAUCAACCGCAACAUCUUCGUCCUGGGGUUCGCGUUCAUGGUCCACUUCACCGCCUUCCACGGGGCUGCCAACCUUCAGAGUUCGGUCAACAGCGAGGCGGGCGCAGGGACCUUCACGUUGGCGGCAAUAUACUUCUCCUUGAUACUGUCCAAUAUCCUGCUACCAGCUGUGGUUAUCAAAUGGCUGGGUUGCAAAUGGGCCGUGGCGGUUUCCUUCGUAGCUUACAUGCCGUUCAUAGCCGCCCAGUUCUACCCGCGUCUGUACACCCUGGUCCCCGCAGGCAUGAUGGUCGGCUUCGGAGGGGGACCUCUGUGGUGUGCCAAGUGUACGUACUUGUCUGUGGUAGCGGAGCCGUAUGCCAAGCUGUCGGGGGUUCCCGUGGAUGUGCUGGUGGUGAGAUUCUUCGGGCUCUUCUUCAUGUUCUACCAGAUGGCACAGAUAUGGGGAAACCUUAUAUCCUCUGCUAUAUUGUCAUCGUCUCUCGGCGAUGUAGCCCCCACAUUGAACGAGACUCUGUCAUAUUCACCAGACAACAUGACUCUUUUUCUUAAUUCAACUGCAACGGACUUGGGGGAGAGCUGUGGCGUCAACUUCUGUAGUGGCAGUUCUUCACAUGAUAAUGCAAACCUGAAGCCACCUUCUCCGUUGAAGAUCCAAGUGAUAUCGGGCGCUUAUUUGGCUUGUAUGGCUUUUGCUGUGAUACUUGUGGCGGUUGGAGUAGACUCAUUGAAAAGGUACACAUCAGGUCGCCGCACAGCCAUCGACGGGAAGUCAGGGAUCCGUCUCCUGGCGGUGACCCUUCGGCAGCUGCGGCACAAGUACCAACUGCUGCUGCUGCCUGUCAUUGGUUAUAUCGGCGCUGAACAGGCUUUCAUGGCCGCUGAUUUUACGCAAGCGUUCGUAGGCUGCGCGUACGGCAUCCACAACAUCGGUUAUGUGAUGAUCUGCUUCGGUGUGUUCAAUGCUUUAGCAGCUCCCGUCGCAGGAGCAAUAGUGAAGCUGACUGGACGCUACCCGGUCAUGCUCACCGCGCUGAUCCUCAACCUGUGCCUGCUGACCGCGCUCCUGCUCUGGAGACCAGACCCUGGACAAUGGAUGGUGUUCUACUUCCUCGCAGCCGUGUGGGGCACAGCUGAUGCCGUGUGGCUUGUGCAAGUCAAUGCGCUUUCAGGAAUUCUGUUCCCCGGUAACGAGGAGGCGGCGUAUUCCAACUUCAGGCUGUGGGAAGCCACGGGAAGCGUGCUUUCUUAUGCCACUGCACCUUACCUCUGUGUGAGAACCAGGCUCCAAGUCCUCCUGGGUUUAUUACUACUGGGCUUCUCGGGGUAUACCACCAUAGAGCUGAUGGAGUACCGCGCGAAGAGAGCUCAUCAUCUAGAGAGGAACUUCGAACUUGUCAACGGAAAAGAGAGAGAGUGAUGACAAAAAUAAACAAAAGAUACUGUGUAGAGAAACAAUACUCAGAAUAGGAGACUCAUAUUCACUUAUUUAUUAAAAAAAUGAUGUUCAAGAUAGGCAGUGACUACAUCAUUCUUCAUGCACUAUCUCUGCAUACUUCUUUCGCUUCAUCCACAUUCAUAACUUUCUUCAUGCAAGCUCAGGUUUAGGGUACUCUUGACCUGACCUUACACCAGGACAUCCCCGGAAUCAUCAAUCAUCUUCGCUUUUAAAGGGUAGAGGCACCUAAUCUAUUUCUUAGGGAUUCUCAAAAAAACCGUUUAUUUAUUAUACAUACAUACAUACAUACAUAUGAUCACGUCUAUAUCCCUUGCGGGGUAGACAGAGCCAACAGUCUUGAAAAGACUGAAUGGCCACGUUCAGCUAUUUGGCUUAAUGAUAGAACCGAGAUUCAAAUAGUGACAGGUUGCUAGCCCAUCGCCUAAAAGAGGAAUCCUAAGUUUAUAAGCCUAUCCCUUAGUCGCCU